AUGUCCAUGCAGAGACUGUAUAAAUGCAAGACCGCCUAUCCGUUAGAAGAUGUUGCCGUGCAUUUGGCUCGAUAUGGCAUUGCAGCUAGUUACAGAAUAUGGGUACAUCAUGGAGAAGUAGCCAUGCCUCCGCAAAACAAGUUUGUAUCUAGUCUUGAUGAUGAUAUGGCAACCAAUGAAGGAUCUGAUAAUGAAGACAGAAACGAGGCAACUAUUGAAAUACUGAAUGACGUCCGCUUACCAAAUACAUAUGAUAGUCAAGGAGCCUUUGCUGGUGGUGAAACGGAAGGUCUGGGUGAAUCAAAUUCUGGAAAGUUCGCUAAAUUGUUAGAUGAAGCUGAGCACGAGUUGUAUCCUGGUUGUAAAGAUUUUUCGGCGCUGACUUUUCUCGUAGAGUUGAUGCAUAUUAAGGUACUCGACCAGAUGAGCAAUAAAGCAUUUGAAAUGCAACUGGAGUUUCUCAAAGAAGCUUUUCCGAAGGAGAAUAGGAUUCCAUCUUCAUAUUAUGAAGCUAAGAAACUGUUGGGUGGCUUGGGAAUGGGUUAUGAAGCAAUUCAUGCAUGUCAGUACGACUGUGCUUUAUUUUGGAAAGAGCAUAAAGAUAGGGAGGACUGUCCAGUAUGUAAUGCUCCUAGGUACAAACACGAUGACGGGAAGGGUACUAAGAUCCCGCACAAGGUAUUGCGAUAUUUUCCCUUAAAGACUAGACUGAUGAGGUUGUUUGCUAGUAGACACACAGCUGCUGACAUGAGGUGGCAUGAAGACCAACGCGAUAAAACAACACCGGAUUUGUUAAGACAUCCAGAUGAUGCGGAAGCGUGGAAGGAUUUUGAUAAGCGGUAUCCAUGGUUUGCUAAGGACCCGCACAAUGUUAGGUUGGGACUUGCUACUGAUGGUUUCAAUCCAUUUGGAAAUAUGAGCAAUGCACAUAGCACGUGGCCAGUGGUAAUUAUACCGUACAACUUACCUCCCUGGAAGUGUAUGAAAGAGCCAUUUUUCUUGAUGACGUUGCUUAUUCCUGGCCCACACGAACCUGGUAAAGACAUUGAUGUAUAUCUGCAGCCUUUGAUAGAUGAGUUAAAGGAGUUGUGGGAAGAAGGUGUUGAAGUAUAUGACGCCUCAGAAAAAAAAGAAAAUUUCCGUAUGCAUGCUGCCUUAUUGUGGACCAUAAACGACUUCCCAGCUUAUACCAAAAUGUCAGGGUGGAGUACACAGGGAUAUUUAGCUUGCCCGGUAUGCAACGAAGAUGCACCAUCAAUCAAACUAAGGAGCAAGAUAGGUUAUGUUCGUCAUCGUCGGUACUUGCCUCCUGGUCAUAGUUGGAGAGACUCGAAAUGUCAUGCUGGGACACGCGAACAUAAGGGUCCUCCGAAAGAGCUUACAGGUGAUGAACUUUUAGCUCAAAUGGAAAAUAUUGUGUUCUGUAAUCCAGGUAAGAACCCGAGUAAACAAAGCAAGAAAAGAAAACGCAGUAUAGAAGAGCGGAACUGGACAAAGAAGAGUAUAUUUUACGAGCUUCCGUAUUGGAAGAGUCAUAAAAUUAGACAUAAGAUCAACGUUAUGCAUACAGAAAAGAAUAUUUGUGACAACAUUGUCGGAACUCUGUUGAAUCUCGACAAGAAAAAUAAAGAUACCGAGAAGGCUCGUUUGGAUCUUGCAGACAUGAAUAUUAGGAAAGAACUGCAUCUUAAACCUAGAGGGGACAAAUUUAUAAAGCCUCCUGCAUGUUAUGUUAUAAAGCCUGAGGAUAGAAAAAAGUUAUGUCAGUUUUUAAAAUCAGUGAAGUUCCCUGAUGGAUAUGCAUCUAACAUCUCUAGAAAUGCUCAUGUCAAUGACGGAAAAGUAUUUGGACUUAAAAGCCACGAUUGUCAUGUUUUGCUGCAGAGACUUCUCCCUGUUGCAAUUCGUCCUUAUUUGCGCAGAGAGGUAAGUGCACCCUUAAUUGAGCUCUGCAAUUUUUUUCAUGAUUUAUGCGCAAAGACUUUGAGUGUUAGUCACUUGGAUGAGUUGGAGAAGAGAAUUCCUCUGAUUCUCUGUAAGCUGGAAAGAAUAUUUCCCCCAGCUUUUUUCGAUGUUAUGGUUCAUCUGGCUGUUCAUUUGCCGCGUGAGGCAAAACUUGUUGGACCAGUUGGCUACAGUUGGAUGUAUCCUAUCGAAAGGUUUUUGGGAACGCUCAAGCGUUACGUGAAAAACAGAGCUCGGCCAGAGGGUUCUAUUGCAGAGGCCUAUAUUCUUAAAGAAUGCUUGACAUUUUGCUCGAUGUACUUUCGUGGGACUGAAACCAAAUUUACUCGACCAGAACGAAAUGACGAUAAAUCAAGGGAUCCCCGAUACCGGAAGGGAGAGAUAUCUGUUUUUGCUCAAAGUGCCCGUCCUGUUGAUGCAAAAACUGUACGUCCACUGUCAGUCGCUGAAAGGGAGAAAAUUAAUUGGAAACAUAAGAACGAGUUAAAAGAAGAAACUAAUGUCAAUCUAUCACGGAGGCAAAGAACACUGUUUCCGGAAUGGUUUCGAAAACAUAUACAAGAUCUGCACAGCAAAAAAGAAGCCACAGAUGAAAUGCAAACUUUAGCUUGGGGAGUUGAUGUCCGAGUAAACUCGUACAAAGCGUGUAAUGUUAAUGGGGUUAAAUAUCAUUCUAAAGAUCGUGAAGCUCGAAGGACAACUCAGAAUAGUGGAUUGUUAGUUGAUGGAGAACAUGGGGGAAAUGCAAAUGAAUUCUAUGGCACUUUGCGUGAUGUUAUUGAGUUGGAAUAUCAACAUGGAUAUCGAAUAGUGCUGUUUAAGUGCGACUGGUUUGACGUGAGCCCGAAUAGAAAUAAAAUUCGAAAGGAUUACGAUUUAACAAGCAUAAAUGUGAGCAACUUAUGGUAUGAGGAUGAUCCGUACGUUCUUGCGUCACAAGCACAACAGGUAUUUUAUGUUGAUGAUCAUAAAAAUGGCGCAAACUGGAAAGUUGUUAAUAAGAUGGAACAUAGACACUUGUGGGAUGUUCCGGAGGUGGAUGAUCUGGGCGCGACUAUUGACGAGGCCUAUCAGCAAGGUGGGGAUUUUCCAGUAUUAUCUACGUUUGAGGGAGGGGAUGAUGUUGAAGAAAAUGAACUUGAUAGAGAUGACGUCCAACCAGAGAUGGUACAAGUGAAUAUUAACGAUCCCAAUGAUGAUUUGUUUGAAACAGAUGACGAAGAUGAUGAGACAUUGAAUGAAUACAAUAAUGACAUUUUGGAUGCCGACGAGAUAGUGGUGAAUGGUGAAGACAGUGAUAUAGUGAUCACAGUGUUCUUGGCAUUUGAGUUUUUUUUAAGCAGGUGGUUUUUAUUUUACUACAUUUAA